AUGGAGUUGAAACUUGACACCGUGCUGGCGCAGUUCCGAUAUCUGCCAAAGGCAGAACGCAUGACAAUACUUUAUGGAAUCUUAGACCAACUGGGUCCGCAUGAAUACCGAGCCGCGCAAGCUCAUCUUAACAACACAUUCCAAUAUGACAUACUGGGCAAUUUACCCCUCGAAAUAGUCGCCCAGAUUGCUGAGUAUCUGAAUUUGGGCGAUGUUUUCCGCCUUCUUAGGGUGUCGCGACACUGGGAUUAUACCCUUUCUUCGCCCAUAGUUCUCAUGGCCACUGUCAAGGCACUGGGAUCGUGGGUUCCGGAUCUUUCUUCUAUUCCCGAUCCUUAUGCCUUUAUUCGUCGUCGAUUUUCCAUCGAGCGAGGCCUUCCCGCGGUGAAUGUUGAGUUCAACACCCAAACAGAUGGUUCAUCACAAGAAAGAUCGAAUAUGGAAGACCCGUGUUUCUCCGGGGGUAAUCUUGCGUGGAAGGACCGGGGCGAUAAAUCGGUACACGUUCUCAACUUAUGGACUGGGCACCACUCCCAGUUCACCACCGAGAACAGAGACACAUUUGGCAUGCUAGGUGUGUCAGAUUCCCUGGUCGCUGCCAUCACUUUGUACUCUGGAUUCGUGCAUGUUUGGCAUAUUGCAACACAGGAGCACGUCUCCUUUCGCCUGCCAAAUUCGCCUCUACCAUACCUGUCAAUGUUUCUUGUCUGCGGUACCACGGUGGCUGUUUUCUUUGAUUACGGCGUUGUCCAUUGGCGGUUCGAUACACGCAUGGCUCACAUGUUUAAUUGGGAUGGAAUCCGUCUUCCCUUAGCGAUCGACACUGACCCGCACGAGAACAACCUGGUCAUGGCGUAUCUAGAUUCAGCUCCCCUUGAGUCUACUGUCCAUGUCCAGAAGCUCGAACUGGACCAGGGUGUCCUGCGUUCUGUAUCAGAAUCAAGCGAAGAGCUUUCUUUCGUGGACAAAAACCCCAGUGACGUUACAUUUUUAGUCCGUGGCGCCAGAGUCACCAAUUCGGGUCAAAUCAGUGCCGAAAUGGAAGUACGCAUGGCCAUCAAUGGUGCUUCUCGUGCUGUCAUUGGCCAUGUCGCGUUUGAAAAAAACCUCCAACUUACAACAUACGCUUCCUGUCUCGAGCAUAAUAUUGGGCGCCGCAUUUCUCCAAGCCCUGGCGUUCUUUACGCGUCAUCAGAGGAAGGCGAGGGGGGUGUGUAUAUUUUCCAAGGGCAGUCACCCAAGUCAUUGACUCAUGAGCCAUGGCUGCAUAAGCCUUUCCCGCGCGGGGAAAAAGUCGAGUCUCUUUGUGGAGAUGAGAAUUUUAGUAUAUUUAUCAGCAGAGAACAUGUUCGGAUCUGGUCCUUUGAUGAGACCUGGGUUCCGGACAGGAUGCCAUGGUCACGAGUCCUGCAUCAUGACUGA